UAUUGGCUGAAUAAAGGGUUGCUUGGUUGUCUCAUGCGCCUACGUCACGGGUCAGUCGUAGACCGACACUCGAACGGAGCGGGUGUGUGUAGGACGAUUGCACAGGUGUCGUGGUGUUGGUGAGCCGUAAAACACUCCAGGAAGCGGGACAUUACAUGUGGCGACGAGGAAAAUAGUCGCCCCAAAGAUGUCACUUCUUUCACUGGAAAAGUUCGACUGCAACGGUGAAUCUACCUCAGUGGGUGCACGAUGGGAGCGAUGGAAACGAGCACUAUUCAUUUACCUCGAAGCGUCUAACAUUGACAAAGACAUAAAGAAAAGGGCCUCCCUUCUACAUUUCGGCGGGCUAGACUUACAGGAAGUAUUUUACAACAUUCCUGGGGCUAAUGUCGAACCAACUGAAGGCGAAGACGUAUUUGAAAUAGCAAUUUCAAAACUUGAUGCCUACUUUGCUCCAAAACAGAGCAAAGUUUAUGAGAGACAUACAUUCAGGCUCCUUAAACAAGAACCUGACGAAAAAUUUGAAAAAUUCGUGGUGAGACUGAGAAAACAAGCUGAUAAAUGUCAGUUUGCCGACAGAGAUGAAAACAUUAUCGACCAAAUAACGGAAAAAUGUUUCCUACCCGAACUGAGGAAAAAGAUAUUACGGAUUGGGGAUGAAAUUACAUUAGAGCGAGUUAUUACCGAAGCAAAUACUCUUGAAGUUGUUAAUAAACAAUUAGAAGAGUUUAAAAAUCCACUAAAAUCAAAUGAGAAUCAAGAAGUAAACAGGAUGGAUAGUAAAUUUAAAAGGGACUUUGAUAAAUCAAAGAAUGUUCGACAUGGAUGCGGCAGAUGUGGUAAUCCUAGACAUGCUGGAAAUGAUGAAAAAUGCCCGGCAAGGGAUAAAGAAUGCCUAAAGUGUGGUCUUAAGGGGCAUUUCAGACAGUACUGCCGAACGAAACGGACGGUGAAGCGGAAAGUGGAAAGGGAAUAUAGACAUGAACAAAAGAAAGGUCGUUUCGACAGGGAGAAGAAUGAAGUUAAUGAAGUGGGUGAUUCUUCUAACAAAACAGUACAUAGAGAAGGAGAUACUGAGUAUGUUUUUCAUAUUGACGACGAUGUGGAAAUUAACUGCACUAUUGGAGGAGUACAGACAAAGAUGUUGAUUGAUUCGGGCUGCAAGCAAAAUUUGAUUACGGAAAAGACUUGGGAGAUAUUGAAGAAAAACAAAGUUAGUGUGUAUAAUCAACUUCCAAAUCCCAAUGUUACAUUUAUGGCCUAUGGUAGCUCCACACCACUGAAGAUAAAAGGAUCAUUUGAAGCUCAGAUUAAAGUAGGACUAAGAUCCGAAAACUCAACUUUCUAUGUUGUUAUCGAUGGCACUAGAAAUCUUUUAGGGAAAACCUCAGCAAUAGCGUUAGGAGUUUUGAAAAUUGGAUUGAAUGCAGAAGUUAAUCAAGUAGAUUUCCAGAUUUUCCCCAAAUUUAAAGAUGUAUUAAUUCACUUGCCAAUCGAUCAUUCAAUCCCACCCGUAUCACAACCUUACAGGAGAAUCCCUAUACCUUUAGAGGCUAAAAUUGAAAACAAAAUUGAAGAACUUAAUCAAAGGGAUAUUAUAGAGCCGGUAGUAGGUUCUUCUAAGUGGGUGUCCCCUGUAGUGCCGGUACUGAAAGAAAAUGGAGAAGUACGCCUUUGUGUUGACAUGCGCCGAGCUAACGAAGCCAUUGUACGUGAAAACCACCCAUUGCCGACAAUGGAUAAAUUGCUACCUAAAAUGAAAAAUGCAAAAGUAUUUACAAAAUUGGACAUUAAAGACGCAUUUCACCAACUUGAAAUAGAUCCGGCUUCCAGACACAUAACUACCUUUAUAACCAGUAAAGGCUUGUUCAGGUAUAAGAGACUCAUGUUUGGCAUAUCAUGUGCCCCAGAAAUAUUCCAGAAAACAUUAGAACGCAUGCUUUUAGGUUGUGAAGGUGUGGUAAAUUACAUUGACGACAUUUUAAUAUAUGGAAAGGACUUGAUUGAACAUGAUUCGCGAUUAAAAAAAGUAAUAUCAGUUUUGAAUGAAAAUAAUGUAGUGAUAAGAAAUGACAAAUGCUGUUUUAGAAUGGAAAAAGUGAACUUUCUAGGACAUGAGUUAUCAGGAGAAGGGGUAAGACCAUUGAAAAAGUACAUUUCUACAAUAAAAGAAUUUAGAGCACCUAAAACUACUGGAGAGCUACAAAGUUUUUUAGGUCUUGUUAAUUUUGUGAGCAAAUGGAUACCUAACUAUGCUACGGUAACAGAACCUCUUAAAAUCCUACUAAGAAACAAAACAGGAGAUCGAGCGGACAUAACCGAAAACUGGGGAUUAGAACAAAAAUCGUGUUUUGAGUCGUUGAAGGAAAUCAUGACAAAUAUUUCUAGCUUAGGGUAUUAUAAUGUUAGCGAUCGUACGAUUGUCAUAGCAGAUGCUAGUCCUGUGGGUUUGGGUGGAGUUUUAGUUCAAACUAAUUCCAAAGGUGAGCCCAGAAUUAUUGCAUAUGGCCACAAAACUUUAACUGACUGUGAACGUCGUUAUUGCCAGACGGAAAAAGAAGCGUUAGCUCUCGUGUGGGCGGUGGAACAUUUCCACAUAUUCCUUUAUGGCAAAAGAUUUGAACUCAUAACAGACCACAAGCCGUUGGAGGUAAUAUUUGGUCCCAAAUCUAAACCAUGUGCAAGGAUAGAGAGAUGGGUUAUGCGCUUACAAUCGUACGACUAUAAAAUAGUUUACCAACCAGGGAAAACUAAUAUCGCAGAUUCAUUGUCUAGACUAAGCAAAAAUGCGGAGAAAUCCCGGAUAAAAUUGGAAGACAAUCACAUUUGCCAAAUCGUAGAGUUUGUCCGACCUCGUGCUGUUUCUCUUAAAGAAAUAAUAGAUAGCUCAAUGGAAGAUAAGGAAAUACUAAACGUGAAAGAGGGUUUAUACCAGAACAUAUGGAACGACGACGUGAAGUUGUAUAAAAUCUUUCAAAAUGAACUUUGUUUCCAUGAGGGUAUAUUAUUGAGAGGAAUGAGAAUUGUGGUUCCCUCGGCACUCCGUAAAAGAGUUUUGGAUGCAGCUCACGAGGGACAUCCCGGUAUUGUGUCAAUGAAGGCGAGACUUCGUACGAAAGUCUGGUGGCCUAGAUGCGACAAAGAGGCCGAGAAUAUUGUAAAAGCCUGUAAAGGAUGUACUCUUGUAUCUGCACCAUGUCCACCAACCCCUAUGAAACGGCGUGAGUUGCCAGAAGGGCCUUGGAUUGAUAUUGCAAUUGAUUUGAUGGGUCCUCUUCCAAGCAGUGACCACCUAUUUGUUGUAGUCGAUUAUUACAGCAGAUAUAAAGAAGUGAAGAUUUGUCGUAAAAUUACCUCUACUGAAAUUGUAGCCAAACUUAAAGAAAUAUUCAGUCGAUUAGGAAAUCCAAUUUCAAUAACUGCAGAUAAUGGAAGGCAAUUCAUCAGCGAAGAGUUUAAAUCAUUUCUAACAGAAAGGAACAUAAUCCUUUUCAAUACAGUACCAUAUUGGCCCCAACAAAAUGGAGAGGUCGAACGACAAAACCGUGACAUACUUAAACGUCUUAAAAUAAGUAUAGCUGAAAAUAAGACUGGAAGGAAAGUUUGCUGGAUUAUUUAACUAUGUACAACAGCACACCACAUUCUGUUACUGUAAGAACCCCAUCAGAACUUUUCUACAAAAGGAAGUUUAGAGAUAAAUUACCUAUGGUAAACGAUACAAUGGAGAGGACAGCACAAGACACUGAGGUUAAAGAUAGAGAUCAAGAAAGAAAACAAAUGGGAAAAGAAAACGGAGACAGGAAACGGAAGGCUGGGGAGUGUGAUUUAAUGCCAGGAGACAAAGUGUAUAUAAAAAAUAUGAAUAAAGAAAAUAAAUUAAGCUUAGACUACAAUCCUGAGACACACACAGUGGAAAACACGAAAGGAGGAGAUAUCACGGCAAGAAACGAUGAAACCGGUCAAAUUAGAAGAAGGAACGUUGUACAUUUGAAAAAAGUUCAAGGGGUAUGGAGCGUCUGCCAAGAUCGAAAUGAAAUUAAUAACGAGGAAAUAAAUGUCGAAACUUAAUCCUAGUGCAGCUUCUUAAAACUUUAACUUCAUUAAUUAUGUUUGAUUCAUGUAAAAUCCAUUAUAUACAUAAAGCAUA